AUGGCAUCUCCAAUUGAUUCAUUCUUCGUUAAGAUAGAAAAAUUAAUUGAGUUUCAGUUAGUUAACGGACAAACUCAAGAACAAAAAAUUAAACUAAAAUUUGCUGAAGGAAAAGCCUUAAUAGAUAAAUUAGAAGAGGAAGAUGAGGAGCAACACGGAUAUUAUAAAUAUCGAUAUUAUUCAACCUAUGCAAGUUAUUUAAAAGUGAUUAAUAAGAUAGAUAAGGCCGCCAAGCAGGAAAAGUUAUUAGAAAAAUAUAAAAAAUUCGGACCGGAAAGAGAAAAUAUCGAUAAAAAUGAAUCCUUAUUGUUUGUGAACGCUGAAUCAGAUAAUCAAUCUUCUGCUUCUGGUAAAAACCCGUUAGAAGAAUCCAUAAGAGAGAAACUAAUAAAAGCACAAGAUAUUUUAGAUGAGACAGUUAUUGAGCCUAUUAAAAAAGCCUUUGAAAUUUUACAUGAGGCACCAAAGACCUUUGAAGAUUAUCAGAAGAUUGUUAAUUAUGUGAAUACUUUGCUUGAGUCAUUAAAUGUUUUAAUUGAUGAAGAACUAGUCGUUUUGGAUCAACUUAAUAAUGAAGAUAAUGUUCAAUCAAAUCAAUCAGAAAUUAAGCAAAAGAUAGAGAAAGUGCUUGGUCGUUUAAUAGUUUUAAAAGAUUUAAAAAAUUCUGCAAAUAAUCUCACUAACCAAAUGGUUUAUUCAAAAGCUGAUAAGAAAGCUGUCUUGUUCAACAAUAUCUUAUUUACAGAAGGAGGAAUCAACAAACGUUAUAGAGAACUUGCUUCUUGCUUCCAUCCAGAUAGAACAAAAUAUUUCAAUGCUCCAAAUGGGCUUCAUGGUAACGAUCAAUAUCUCGGUGCAAAGCUCUUUAGAAUUAUUCUAGAAAUUAAAGAAGACUUAUUGAGAGAUUUGGAAAAAGCUUCAGAAAGUAAAGGCGUGCUCAACUUUCAUGAAAAGAAUGCAAAUGAGUAUUUUAAUAUUGCAAAUGAUUAUCGCAACACCUAUAAAAAUAAUGGAAAUAAACUAAAGAUUUUAAAUAAAGAAGAAAUUAGUGAAAUCCCUAAUACAGAACUAAGACAUUUAAGCAUAUCAUAUGAAUUAUUGGCUUAUAGGGAAUAUCGAGCUUCUUGUAAAGUUGCAGAUGCAACCAAAGAAUUAAAAAAGCAAAUAAAAUUACGAGAAAGUAUAGCAUUGUGUUUAUAUAUUUUCGAUCACUUAUUAGAAGCACAAUUAUACGCUUUAUUAGCGAUUCAAUUAAUUUGUUGGCAUUCUCAGUAUGUUUCUCAGAAGGAACUGGUCGAUGCUAAAAAAGUAUUUGAUAAAGUUAGAGGUGAAAUAUCUCAAUUAAAUACAGAUAUUAAAUUGAAAGACGAUUUAAGUAAUUCACAGGCUUUGGUUAAAGUGAUGAAUGAAGGCAUAUCCUUUUUAGAGAAGUGCAAUAUUCAACAUUCGGUUGACAACGAUUUGAGAAUGAUAUCAGCUGAAUUAAUGUUCAAACCAGAUCGUCGAAUUGUUAGUUAUCAAGCCUCUCAAGAAAAUAUUUUAUAUUCUAAAGUACAAUAUGCCAUGUAUAAAAUAGCUGGCGCUUUAUCAUUAAUAGGGGCAACAGCGACAGUAGCUUUAGGAAAACAAGGUACAAUGCUUUUAGAUGAGCCAAAAAUCCGCGAAAAGCUCAAUGAAAUUAUAAAAGUUGCAUUAGAUGCAUAUGAUAAAGGAAAUUAUCAGCAAUUUUUCGACUCACUUUGUAAGGAAUACAAAAAGAACACCAGUCUCAUAAAAAUAAAAGAAUCUAAUAUAAUUAUUCCUGAAGAUAUAAUAGGAUCACUCUUGAGGCAUGGUUUUAGAUCAGAUGGAAUCGCUUAUCUGUUAAAUCUAAUAGGUGAAAUGCUAAGCAGUAAUAAAAUAAAAACUCCAGAUAACGAUAGGGCAUCAGAUGAGUUAAGAACUAUGGGAAAAAUUGCUUUUAAAGGGGUAUUAUACAAAAAGCUUGUGGAAAAAGCUAAAGCAUUGGAUGACCAAGUUCAUACAUUACGAGAAGAUACUCUGAAAAGCAUGGCUAAGAGUACUUGGCAUAAAAUUAUAGAUUUUUUGCUACUUAAAUCAUAUAGUGAAUUAGCAAAAGAAUAUAAAGACAAUGCUCGAGAAAUGCCUUUUCAGUCAAGACUUAAGGAAAUGCGUAAUAUCGCAAGACUUAACCUCGUAAUUUUUGAUAUAAUCAAUAGUGACGAGGAAGCACCUAUGAGAAUUAACAAAACAGUUGAGGAAAUUAGAAAUUCAAUAAGCUAUAAUUAUCAAUUUUCUAGCUCAACCGAAUCAUGCCUCGAAGCCUUGGAAGAUUUUUUAUGGAUUAUGAGGGGUGAUGUGUCUAAAUCUCUCUUAAUUUACUCUAUAGAGCCAGCUAAAAAACAAUGCAAUGAAGAACAUGAUAGAAAAUAUGAUCAAAAAUAUAUGGAAUAUCUGAAAGACAAACUACAAAAGGCAUCCAAUAAUAAUAAAAGAAUAGAUCUUCAUAGUAAACUAGCUGAUUACUUUGUGAAAUUGGCUGAAGAAGAUAAAGUCGACUUAUUAAGCAGUUUACGUCAUUGGCAUAAUGCUAAAGAACAUUAUAGUGAAAUACGUGUAAUUAACCCCAAAAUAAAUUACGACAAGGCUAUGGAAUUUAUUAUUGAGGCAUUGAAAUUAAAUCCUCAAAACAUCUUGAUUACGAAGCAGAAAAGACACCUUGAUAGAAUAAAAGAGCAUUGUGUUGAAAAUCGUGUUAAUCGUCACAAUAAAAAAAUAUAUAGUGUAGAUAAUUCACUUAAGAAUUUACAUAGAUAUAAUGAAGAUGAUUCUGUUUAUAAAAUUCUCUCGAUUGAUGGAGGAGGUGUGCGUAGUAUAUUACCUGCUUUAUGGCUCAGUGAACUAGAAUAUCAUACCCAUAAGCCCAUUUCUCAGCUAUUUAAUAUGGUAGUUGGAACUUCUACAGGUGGAUUUAUUGCUGCUGGACUUUCAAUGCCGCGUGAGGAGUUAUCAACACUAACCAAUCUGGUUAUUCCUGCAGUAAAAGUAAACAAAGACUACAUGCAAUCGUACUUGUUUACAUGUCAUAACUCAACUAACACACUUUUUGAUGCUUUAAUGGCCACAACUGCUGCACCUACUUUCUUUCCAUCCUACAAAAUAAAAGAUAAAGGUAUUUUUGUAGAUGGAGGUGUAAAACUUAAUAAUCCCGCAUUGACAGCAUAUACUGAAGUUUUUGAAAAUAGAGAUAUUAGAAAAAUUACAGUGCUUUCUUUGGGUACUGGUAGUUAUAUACCAGAUCCUUUACGUCCAGACUUGUAUCAUUGCCAACUUUUUUGGGAAAAAAAUUUAUAUAACGAUGAAUGUAACGUUGAUAAUUCAAUGUACUCAAUGCUAGGAAAUUGCUAUCAACGAUGGCAGGUUUUGUUAGACAAGCCAGUAUCAUUAGAUGAUUGCAAUAAUAUUUCUUAUCUUUUAGAAUUAGGUCAUCAAUAUAUAGAAGAACUUGACGCUUCAGAUGAGAAUCCUUUAAAUGUAUUAGUAGAGUCUUUUGAAAGUGGCUAA